AGUGGCACCACUUAAAAAUACUUUGUGAAAAUACAAUUUAUCACACAAUUCUGUGGUAUCUGAUGUAUUUAAUGUUUUCAGAGGUAUUAAUAAGAUAUACAAUCUGCUUUAUUUCAUACUGAAUAUGUAUGUAACCACAUCUCUCUCUUUCUCUAGUUAAUAAUCAGUAUGCAGCUAAUGUCGGGUGAUCCCUGCUUUAAAACGCCUCCAUCCACUGCAAUGACGAUUGGUUUUCCAGGAGAAACAGAGACAUGUCUACAUGAGGACAGAAGAGGAGAGACGCAGAAUGCAAUCUAUACAGAAAACCCAGGAAAAAUUGGCUUCAGUCAUGGUUCUGUUCCAGAUGAACUGGGAAAGUGUGGUCACUCAAGAACCGCCAGCUACGCCAGCCAGCAGUCCAAGCUUUCCGGCUACAGCACAGGUCACUCACGCUCCUCCAGCCUGACAGAGUUCUCUCAUCGGAGGAACUUGUCUGUGGGCAGUGCCUCCACUGGGGUUGGCAGCCUACCAGAGCCCAGUGAGGACAGAGAGUCUCGCACACAGGCUUGCACACCUUUACCCCACCACUUAGCCACACCGUCCCACAGUGGGAUCACAGCCAACAGGCACCCUGUAAAACAGGAUUCGGUUGAGUCUCAGCUAAAGCGAGUGGAUGCUACCAGAGUGGAUGCUGAUGAUAUCAUUGAGACAAUCCUACAGGGUCAAGACUUCAGCCACAGCAUACUGGACUCUAGUAAUGAAGAGGAGGGUCUGCGACUGUUUGUUGGGCCAGGAGGCAGCACUGCACUAGGCUCUCAGCACACCAGGGUUGGUGCAGGAGCUUUUGAACAGGUGGUUAUAAAACGCUAGACUGAAUGUCCGUGGGGGAAGGUGAUGUAAUAUCCUGUGUCAAACCAGAGGACCGCAGUUGUCACAAGCAUCAGUUCAAUGCUGGGCUCCUGACACAUUGAUGGGCUCUAGGAAUUUGUGGAAUCACUGCUCCCCCUAGUGGUAAAGUUCUGAAGACAGACAGAAGCUUUGCUUUAGCUCAAAGUAACAGGAAAUACUUGGAUUGGUAUUGUUUUACCAAAUAUAGAUGGUUAUAGUUCUCACAGACAUUUAAAAAAAAUGCCUGGAACCACUGGUGGACCUGAAAAGGCAUUUUGCAGACUCAGAGUAAGGACUAUUUUUUAUAUAGAAAUCAGCUUGUUUAAAUCCACUGAGAUGGACUGAUGCACUUUGUAUUGUCUGAUGUUUACUUGGUUGGAUGCUGCUAAUUUGAGGGGGGGGGGGGAAUCAAGUACCACUGAUUUCAAGUGGACAAUCAUAAUUGUCAUUUUGUGAGGCCAUAAAUGUAGUGUAACAAAUGUGUAACGAAUGUGUAACAAAUGUGUUGAUUUAAAAAAAAACUGUAUAAAAAUACAGUAAACAGGUGACAGAUGGUUUGAUAAACACGUGAGUUCUCUAAGAUCCCAGUUUGUGAACCUUUUUGUCAGCAUUAACAAGACUCAACCACAAGUUGCCCAGGGAUGGAGACUGCAAAUAGCAGUUUGUUAAAAUGGCAUAAUACAAAUUCUAUUUAUAGGCAUUCCUUUUCAUUUGAGGAAAAAGCAGAAGACCUGAGCCAUUCAGGAUCAAUGUGUUUGUUUUUUAAAGGUUUGUAAAUGAGGGGGAUUUUAUACAAUUUAUUACUUCAAAAAUGUGUUUGAAUAAACUUGCCUAUUUUAAAGGCUAAUUAUAAA